GGAUGCGCGAAGACAGUCACCCGUAGGCCAGCAGCUGAGCGGCAAGUGUUCGUCGACGACCCCGGUGACUGAUCCGAGAGCCCAACAAUAAACAGUUUAUACGCAGGAAGGGAAUAACCAUAAAACCACUCCAAUGCAUUUCGGUUCUUACGCCGAGAGAAUCGAAGAAAAAUGUCGCUGCCCAGAGAAUGGAGCUUUCAAGAAUCGUGUCGUAUGGUCGAUCGGGGACUCGGGUCAGGGCCGACCGCGACCGCGUCUCAGGAGGCGGUCGGCCCCGUCAUCGACGAGAAUAUGAACCAGCAGAACCAGCUGGGAUCCCUCUUUUCGAUACACUCGGCCCCGGUCUUCGACCUCAACAACGGGAUGCCAUCCCCGAAGAGACCCGGGUCCCUCCUCGUCCAGGUCACCGCGACUUCGACGCCGCUGGUACCGCCGCACGUCAGUCCCCCGGAGACGAUCGAGGACGAGGACAACGACAAUCUCCUGACCAUCUCGAGCCUCACCGCGAGGCCCCUGAUCGCCAAGUCCAGGGAGCUUCGCUCAUCACGGUAUCGCCCUCGGGCCAAGAAGCCCAAGAAGGUGUCGCCGCCGAAGAAUCCGAACCUUAUACCCCUCGACGGUGGAUACGGAUGGGUUGUCGUCUUUGGGGCCUUCUUCGUUCAGUUCUGGGUCGCGGGACUCGUCAAGUCCUACGGAGUGCUCUACGUCGAGGUGAUGGAGACCUUCAGGGACUCCUCGGCCUCUGUAGCCUCUUGGAUACCGGCGAUUCUCUCGUGUCUUUGUCUCGCCUUGGCUCCAGUGACUAGCAUGUUGUGCCAAAAGUACAGUUGUCGUUCCGUCGUCUUCGUUGGAGGACUCUUCUGCGCUCUUGGACUAACUAUUAGCUACUUUGCCACUAGUCUGGUUCAUCUAUUCUUCACCUUUGGUGUAUUGACUGGCAUAGGAGGAGGCCUCUCGACAACCCCGGGAAUCGUGAUCGUAUCUCAGUACUUCGACAAACAUCGUGCCCUGGCGAAUGGUAUCUGCGUAUCUGGGACGGCAGCCGGAAGCUUUGUUUUCCCUCUGCUGAUCGAGAGGCUUAUUGCCAAUUUUGGAUUUCACGGUACGAUACUCCUCCUGGGUGGUUGCAUGCUGCACGUGUGCGUCAGCGCGACCCUUUACCGUCCGUUGGAGGACAACUGCGUUGAGGAUCACGCUGAGAAAGGGGACGAAGAUGAUGAAAAAUCGGAGGUGGUCAAGGAGCCGUUGCCGUCGAAGCAGCAGAAGCUCGACCUCCUCUUCGCGAACGACGCCACUACUCGGCACAAUCUUUUGAACGAACUCUUUCACCAGAACGGAGUGGUGGCCGUAGAACUUACGGACAGCGACGAGGAGAAGGACAUCAUGGGCGAGGCUCUGAGAAUGAAACCGAUAUCGAAGAUCCGUAGCUCCAGCAUUCUUCACAGCGUCGAAGACCUGUCGACGGAUUCAACGUGCGUUUACAAGGCGAGGUCCUCCCUUCGUUCUCUGAGAUCCUCCGUUCCCGUCAUCACGCAAAUACCAGUAACGAACAAUCAGCCACUGCCCGAGGAGCCGGCGAAGACUUUCGCCCAGAAAAUCACCCGCUACAUCGACUUGUCGCUUCUCAAGGAUCCUCAAUUCAUCAUGAUGUGCUUGUCCGUAAGCUUAAUGUCCACCGGUAGUCCUUACAUGCUUUACUACUUACCGGCGUACGUACAUGCCGCGGGAUAUACCAAAACGGAAGCUGGAUAUCUCGUUGCGAUAUCUGCCGUUCUUGAUCUCUGUGGAAGACUCGGAUUGGGAUGGUUAUCCGAUUUGCAGCUCUUCGACAGGCGAAAAGGAUACAUCGGAAGCAUUGUGGGUGCCGGAGUUGCAGUCCUUGCCAUACCGAUGGCCCAUUCUUUCUACGUUCUGGCAUGUUCAGUUGGCAUGUACGGUCUUUGCCUCGGUUGCUGGUUCCUUCUCGUGCCGGUCCUGCUUGCGGAUCAGUACGGAACCGAUAAGAUAUCCUCCAGCUACGGUCUCGUUAGGAUGUUCCAGAGCGUGGGUGGCAUCUCCAUUCCACCGCUGGCAGGGUAUCUGCGGGACGUAACCGGCAGCUACGCUGUCUGUUUUCUCUGCAUGGGGACUUGCAUGGUUCUCGGCGGUCUUCCGAUGCUUCUCGUUUCCGGUGAACACUCCAAGCCUUCCACACCAGCCGGAGGCUCCGUCAGUAGCAAAGGAACCGUAAAAAGUAGCAAAGAGUAACGUUCAACCGCAACAUAUGCAGUCGAGAAUAUCGAAUCGUUGUUGAAAGUCGAUUUUUUCCAACAUAUAACACGUAAAGAAGGUUGGAAAAAAAUUAUUACAACAAUAUCGUCAACGAUACGUCGUGUAAUAAAAUCGUAUAGGAAAGCUCUCGGAGUGAAUAAUUCGAUUUCACCAAUAAUCACGCCGAUAAUUAAACUUAUACUUUGCAGCUCUACCAGAAAAAAAAAUAAAAAAAAUAAAAUAAAAAUAAAAUACGAUGAUAUUAGUUACUUCCAGUAAUCACGCGUAUUACAUUAUACAGUUCAGAGUACAAUUUAGAAAUUUUCAGCUGAGUUGAUUUUACAAUUAAAAUUAUACAGUUCGCACGAAACAAAAAUUUUUCACUUCAUUUACAGUGCAAUAAUUAUAGUCAUCGUAUUUUACUCCGUAUGUACGAACGAAAAAGUAUACGCAUAAAAAACGAGACAUAUUAAAAAUUGUUCGGUAGGGGUAACACAUGAAUAGUUUCAUUAUUAUCGAGGAGCGAGGAACACUUGUCAACUACUGGCGUAAGAUAUUUAAAUAAUAGUAUAUAUAGUUAGUGCCUAUUGUAUGUUUAUCUCGAUGUUUAACAGCAGCACGUUGGACGGUGACUCGUUUCUUUAAAAAAAAAAAAAAAAAAAAUAGAAUAAUUCAUUCGCAGUAAUUAGUUUCGGUUCAAUCAUAUUAUAUACAUUAUACUAUACAUGCCUGAUCUGAAUAGGCUUUUUUUUUACCCUUUAAAAUGUAUUAUUUUUCUGUUAUCGGAUGGAUAAUAAUAUAGUUUGAAUUUCUGUUAAUUUUGCUAAACAGUAAAAGAAGAAAAAAAAUCAAAAACCAUAAAAAAAAAAGGAAGAAAUAUCGGUUGAAUCGUUUAACGUUCUAAUUACGAAUAAAUACGCGGCUAUAGACACGUGACGCGUGUGCAUAUGUAUUGGAAUCGAAUUUAAAGCCAGGCAAUAGCCCAGAUUACAGUUCUAAAAAGCUUGGAUUACGUACAUAUUACGAAAAGAAGUUUUACAAGAAUAAAUUGAAAUUUGUGCUUCAUUGAAUGACUUUAACAUCGUUUAAUUAUACGGGCCAAUCGGUUGUAGCUUGACGUUUGCAGAUAUACGUCGGAAGUAUUGUUAGCGUGGAACGGCUAAAAAUGAUCUAUGAAUAAAAAUUCGCGCGAAUCACAGCCAUAGAUAUGUAUAUAAAUUAUAAUAUUAUACGGGGGCACAAUCGAAAAAUCGUUCGCACAAUUGGGACAAGUAAGAAAAAAUAAGAAAGAAAAUGAAAACAUUGUAAUAAAAGAAUCCGACGGUGUAAGAUCUGUUUGUUCCGAAUCGUAUAAUACACAUUAAUAUAAACGUAUAAAAUAAAAUAAAACUAAUGAUAUUAUUAAUGAUAAUACAAGAAUAACGAUGAAUUAUUCAAUACAUAAUAAUACAACGGUGUAAGAAUAAUCGCGAAUUAUGAUAAAAUGAAAAAUCAAUCCCACAGCAACUGUAAAGUAGGCUACUGCUAUACAAGAUAUUUGGAAAAAGAGCUUUGAUGUUAAUUGCUAAUUAUAUUUUUAAUUAAAUUAAGCGUGACUGAAUAUUUGCUAUUAUGAUAAAAAAAGAAAAAGAUUUAAACACCGAUGAUCGCAAAACCGUGACCGUCGUGGUACGGAGGAAAAUAUAAUUACAUAUGUUGAAGGCAUAUCGUAUAUGUGUUUUUGAAAAUUUUCAUCAAAGCACUCAACUUGUUCGUUGAUUUAAUUACUAUUAAAAGCGAUUUUUGCGAGAACUUCGAAUUUGUAUUGCCAAGUUUUCUUUUCGACGUGGCGGCGGUAUAUUUAUCAGCCAAGAUGUGCCAACAUAAUGACCUAGAAACGAAAGAACCAAAUCGCGAAACCAGUGACGUCGUUAACUAUCAGAUCUGUUUUUCCUUCGUUUGACGUAACGCUGUUAAUAGUCACUUAUUCUCCUGUUUUCGCAACAUGCAAUCGUAUUGUUUGUUUCUUCGUUAACAGAAUUAUUUAUUCACCGAGACAUUUUCGCUCAUCGGCUUGUGUGCUUAGCCUCACACGAUCUAAACAAACCUGUAUUUGUGUCCUUUUUUUCACACUCAUUUGACCUGUCUGGAAUUUUUACAAGCUGAUCAGCAUAUCUAACAAUCAGUGUCGAAGGACGUCUGUAAGAUUUGUACGAAAGGGGUGGUGCACAAUACGCUGUAGUCGUAUAAGGUUGUGGAAAAUUGAACGAACAGGUAACAACAAUUAAGCCGCAAAGCGUGAACUUAUUCGCCGUUGGGUAAACCAUAAACCAAUAUACGUACAUCUGUAAUAUACAAGUAUAAUUGAACAAAAAGAAAGUAAGAAACUGAGGGUUAAAAAAUCAAAAACCUUUCAUGUUAUUUAAAUAAAUUGUACUUAAUACCAGAUUGGGCAUAAAUGAUAACGGGUUAUUAUUUUUGAGAACUUUGCUUCAAGAAAGAAGGGAAGAAAAAUUUGAUUUCAAUAAUAAACCACGCAACGCUGAUACACACGUGGCAUUGAUUUACAACUACAAACAAUAUUGAAUCCAUACAUCUAUCGAAUUUAAUUACGUUGAAUGAUACGUAUACUGAUCUUAUUCCUAUGCAUAGAAUUUUUUGUAGAGUGUUUACGUUAGCUAUUCAAAUCAGUAUAAAAAUAUGUCGUUGAGAUAAUUAAUUUGUGCUAUCAAAACUGUUCUGCUGUACAAAAUAACGACGAGACAUCUUCUAACUACAGAGUAUUCGAGUAUAGUGCAUGUUGACGCACGUUUGUAGGUAUUUGGAGGCCAAAAUAAAAGAGUGAAAAAUGCACUAAUAUUUGGCCAAUAAAGAUUAAGUAAUAUAUUUCGUUCCGUUCGUACUUCAAUAAAUUGCUAUGAGUGAUUUGGUGUCAAGUAUAAUGCAAAUUACGUUAAAAAAAAAUUUUUAAAAAAAAGAAAUAUUGAAAAAAAAAAAAAAACUGCCUGUACCGUGACUUGGAGUAUUAUAAAUAUUCGUGUAUUAUUUUAUCAAUUAUAUUGCAAGCGUUUCGUGGUGCAGUUGAAGGAAAAUUGAAGUUUCGAAAAUAGUAAAGGAAUUAGUUGAAUUCAUAAAGUUGGGAUAAAACGUAGUGUGGAAAACCUGGUUUAACCGUUCAUCUCCUACAUCAAUUCAUUUAUUACUCGAAGAUUAUACCCAUAUAUAUAUAUAUUUUAUUAUUAUUUCAAACCUUGCCUUCUCGACCACGAGGCAGCAGCGUGCCGAAACUUCAAGGCGUGAGAGUAUGAAUAAUUAAAAUCUUAUAAUUUAAAAUUUAUCAUACGCUCACACCGAUAAAUGCGAGACGUGGCAGUUUAUUGAAGAGAAUACGCAGUUAUAGCAUGGGCGGUAAAUAUUUCUUCUUGCCGUGUAGGAAGAAUCUCGCAGGUGAUUUCGAGGUAUUUGCAAAUACAGCGAAUCGAUGCUAAUGCGGCGGGUAAAAUAUUUACCGUCUAUGCGUCGAUGAAAUAGGAUUUCUUUUCCCAGAUCUGCCUGCGAAUUCUAUUCUCUGCGUGCAGCGUCCGCUUCUUCGUGGUAAAUGAUAGGUCUAAUUGUCGUUUAAUUUCCGUUUAUAACUCAAGUCAUUGCAUGGCUAGGAACUGUUUAAUUGUAUACAACCGGUCUAGAUAAUUGAUUUAAAAUUUGUUAAAUUCCCGCGUGAUAUGUACAUACCUAUAAUCCUAUUACAACUAUGUGUAUAAAGUUAAAUAUCUAUUAUUAUGUACCAUAAACUUUUGCACGUCGACGUAUAUGGUAUAUUUUCAAUAACAUAUAUCGCAUUAUACAUUGUUCAUAUCGCAAGAAUUGAUUAGAAAUUAGAAGAAAAUGUGAAAAUUUUCCUGAAUGCUGAGUAUUAUAAACUGCAGAUUGAUUGUUUAAAAAAUUUUCAAGUUCUAAAUUACACUUUGAAUUUCUUACGUUAGUGUCAUAGAUGUGCUAUUAAUACAAUUUGGCGACUGUGUUUAAAUUCUGUUUGAAUUUAUUAUCAUAAUCAACUGUUAUAAUUAUUUAUAAUAUUACACAUACCGCUAUACUGUCAUACCUAUACGCAACACAGCUGUUGAUGUGAAAUUUUUGUGAUCAAAACAAAAUUGAUUGCUAAAAAUUAACAAACUCUAAAUGUGUUCUAUUACUAUACAUAUAUAUAUAUAUAUAUAUAUAUACCAUACUUCUAUAAUACAUAUACUUAUAUAUGAAUUAUUUACAGUAUACGUAAUAAUCAUACAUAUUAUGAUGGACGUCAGUCCGAUCUUUGAUACGGUGUGAAAAACCAUUUUGCACCAUAGCUGGUGCGUUUGGCACUGGCAACUACUGUAAGUGAAAAAAAAAAAUUAGCCAAAGAAAAACGAAAAAAAAAGAAAAAAAAAAUUGAAAAAGAAAAAAAACUAGAACGAAAUACAAGAAAAAAGUAAAAAAAACAUUCACGCGAGAGGCAGUAUGUAUGUAAAUACAUACAUAGAUCGUUUCCUAAUCAGUUAUGCUUACUGUUAUGACGUAAUUACAACGUCAUUCGUUUACUUGCGAUAUUCCUUAUUAAAUGCGUCAUGUUUGGUAUUUUGCUCAUUAUAAUACCACAGCAUCAUGUAAUUCUGUUUAUUUCAACUGUAAAACCGACAACAACGUGUGUAAAAUUCAACCGACAGAAUUAAAAAAAUUAAGCUGUUGCAAUUUCAUUUUUUUCAUCUGCUUGAACAAAGAAAAUUGAAAACAACAAAAAAAGAAAACGUCUUGCGGGGCUAAUAACGUCGUACCAAAUGAUUAUGAACGUGUCGUAACGCAU